GGGGCGGGGUCUGGCCGGCUGAGGCGCCGCCGCCCGCCGUUGGAGGAAUCCGAGGCGAGGGACCGGGAACCGCGAAGAGUCUGGACCGCGGCGGGUGCGAGGGCAGGCGUGCCCAGAGUGGUCGCGCGUGCGUCGGCCGCCGCCCCUCGGCCUUCCUCUUCGCAGGUCCCCUCCCUCUCCGCCGGGACGCGGGAGAGCCCGGCGCGCGACGGGGGCGUGAGGUGGAGGCGGCGGGGGCGGCCAAUGCGAAACUGGCUUGUGCUGCUGUGCCCGUGUGUGCUCGGGGCCGCGCUGCACCUCUGGCUGCGGCUGCGCUCCCCGCCGCCCGCCCGCGCCUCUGGGGCCGGCCCGGCAGAUCAAUUGGCCUUAUUUCCUCAGUGGAAAUCUCGUCACUAUGAUGUGGUAGUUGGUGUGUUGUCAGCUCGCAAUAACCAUGAACUUCGAAAUGUGAUAAGAAACACCUGGCUGAAGCAUUUAAUACAACAUCCGUCUUUAAGUCAACGUGUGCUUGUGAAGUUCAUAAUAGGUGCUCAUGGUUGUGCCGUGCCAGUGGAAGACAGGGAGGAUCCUUACUCCUGCAGACUACUCAACAUCACGAAUCCGGUUUUGAACCAGGAAAUUGAGGCAUUCAGUCUUUCUGAAGACACCUCAUCAGGAAUUUCUGAGGACCGAGUUGUCAGCGUGAGCUUCCGAGUUCUCUACCCAAUCGUUAUUACCAGUCUUGGGGUGUUUUAUGAUGCCAACGAUGUGGGUUUCCAGAGGAACAUCACAGUCAAGCUUUAUCAGGCAGAACAAGAGGAGGCCCUCUUCGUGGCUCGUUUCAGCCCUCCGAGCUGUGGUGUGCAGGUGAACAAGCUGUGGUACAAGCCGGUGGAGCAGUUCAUCCUGCCUGAGAGCUUUGAAGGUACCAUCGUGUGGGAGAGCCAAGACCUCCAAGGCCUUGUGUCAAGAAAUCUCCACAAAGUGACUGUAAAUGAUGGUGGGGGCGUUCUCCGAGUCAUUACGGCUGGGGAGGGUGCCUUGCCUCACGAAUUCAUGGAAGGCGUGGAGGGGGUUGCAGGUGGUUUUAUUUACAUCAUUCAGGAAGGUGAUGCACUCUUACAAAACCUUCAUUCUCGCCCUCGAAGACUUCUUGACCACAGAAGUAAUCUUCACAGGGAAGACGCCUUACUGAGGGAGGAGAGCAGCGUCUAUGACGACAUUGUUUUUGUGGAUGUUGUCGACACUUACCGAAAUGUUCCUGCGAAGUUACUGAACUUCUACAGAUGGACUGUGGAAACAACCAGCUUUGACUUACUGCUAAAGACCGAUGACGACUGCUACAUAGACUUGGAAGCUGUGUUCAAUAGGAUUGCCCACAAGCAUCUGGACGGGCCUAAUUUUUGGUGGGGAAAUUUCAGACUGAAUUGGGCCGUGGACCGGACUGGCAAGUGGCAGGAGCUGGAGUACCCCAGCCCCGCGUACCCGGCCUUUGCCUGCGGCUCGGGGUACGUCAUCUCCAGGGACAUCGUCCACUGGCUCGCCGGCAACGCGGGCAGACUCAAGACCUACCAGGGUGAAGACGUAAGCAUGGGCAUCUGGAUGGCAGCCAUAGGACCUACUCGAUACCAGGACGGCCUGUGGCUGUGUGAGAAGACGUGUGAGCCGGGCAUGCUGUCCUCCCCGCAGUACUCGCCGCAGGAACUGACGCAGCUGUGGCAGCUGAAGGAGCGGUGCGGGGACCCUUGUCAGUGCGAGGCGGCCGCGGGAGGGCUUUAA